CUAAGGGGAUUUGUGUUUCUCAGAUGGGAACAUUGUUUUUUCCCUUUCUUCCUUAUGUUUGUGUAAUAGAAAUCCUCAUUUAUGUAUUGUUAUAUUGGAUGAUGAUGUGGCGAGUGUAUUAAUAUUUUGCUUGUGUAUUCACAACCUAAUCCCGGGUUCAUUUUCACUCUUUCUCCACAGCUCGCCACGGGGACAGUCUGUAUGACUCCUACAUGCGCACCGAUCACAUUGUGAACCAGGACGCUGAUGUGAAUGGACAGAGUCCCUCUGGACUUCCCCCUCUCCCAAAACACACUGGUGUGAACAAGCCUACAAUAAAGGAUCACCAAGCAGUCCGCGGAGGACAGAAGGUGAAGUAUUUUUAUGAGGACACCUACAACCGCAAACUCAAUGGUGUGAGCCAGCACAAUGGCACAAGCCAAGUACCAGCUAAGCCCCAACCUGCAAUCUCCAAAGACAGAAGCGUGGACAGCAACAGCUCUGUCAAGUCAUCCGAGAGCUCAACAAAAGUCACAAAGCUGGGCAGCCCAAUGACCCCAGAACAAGCUCUCAAGCAAUACCGGCAGCAACUGACUACCUUGGAGCAGCAGGAGAUCCACAACUAUCCUGAGAUCUAUUUCCUGGGACCAAAUGCCAAGAAGAGGCAGGCAGUAGCUGGGGGCACCAACAAUAGUGGAUAUGACGAUGACCAGGGAGGAUACAUCCAUGUACCUCAUGACCACCUUGCCUAUCGCUACGAGUUCCUCAAGGUGAUCGGCAAAGGUAGUUUCGGACAAGUGGCGAAAGUUUAUGACCACAAGUUACAGCAGCACCUCGCCUUGAAGAUGGUGCGCAACGAGAAGCGCUUCCACCGGCAAGCUGCUGAGGAGAUCCGAAUUCUGGAGCACCUGAAGAAGCAAGACAAGACAGGCAGCAUGAACGUAGUCCACAUGUUGGAGAAUUUCACCUUUCGCAAUCACAUAUGUAUGACUUUUGAGCUGCUUAGCAUGAACCUGUACGAGCUCAUCAAACGCAACAAGUUUCAGGGUUUCAGUCUCCCGCUGGUACGCAAGUUUGCACACUCUAUUCUCCAAUGCCUGGAAGCACUCCAUCGCCAUAAGAUCAUCCACUGUGACCUGAAACCAGAGAAUAUCUUACUGAAGCAGCAAGGCAGGAGUGGGAUUAAGGUUAUUGACUUUGGCUCCAGCUGUUUCGAUCACCAGCGUGUCUACACGUACAUCCAAUCCCGCUUCUACCGUGCACCCGAAGUCAUUUUGGGAUUGCGAUAUGGUAUGCCUAUCGACAUGUGGAGCUUUGGUUGCAUUCUGGCAGAGCUGCUUACCGGAUACCCUCUGUUUCCUGGUGAAGAUGAAGGUGACCAGCUGGCCUGCAUAAUGGAGCUACUGGGUGUACCACCUCAGAAACUGCUGGAACAAGCCAAGCGUGCCAAGAACUUUAUCAGCUCCAAAGGCCACCCACGCUACUGCACGGUCAGCACACUUAGUAAUGGCUCCGUAGUCCUCAAUGGGAGCCGUUCUCGCCGAGGAAAAUUGCGAGGUCCCCCAGGAAGCAAGGAGUGGGGGUCGGCCCUCAAAGGCUGUGAUGAUGCCACGUUCAUUGACUUUCUGAAGAAGUGUCUGGAUUGGGACCCUAGUACUCGAUUGACACCAGUUCAGGCCUUAAGGCACCCCUGGCUCUACAAGAGACUGCCUAAGCCUGCACCUGGUGGCGAGAAGUCCAUGGUGCCCAAACGAAUCACGGAGCACAGCACCUCUUUCCCUACUAUCAUCUCCAAGGUACCCACUGUCAUGGGCUCAACCAACAACAAACUGCGGACCACCAUGAUGGGGGACUCCACUGGAAGUAUACCUUUUCGCACAGUGCUGCCGAAGCUUGUUUCAUAGAGAUUCCUUAGCUUUUCAGGGAUAAAGGCAUAUGUAGCAGUUUUAGAAGUGGAUUUUUUUUUCUUUGUUUUGGUUGGUUUUUCUAAAUGAGUGUCAAAACUCAGUUUCAAUUUAUAAUGAAGUAUAACAAGCAAAAACAAUUUUAUACAACUAUACUGUGUUUUUAUCAAAUGGCCUUCAGAGUGUAAAAUUCAAAGUUGACAUCAGGGCUGUUUUUUACACCUUGGUCUUGAAUUGAGUGCUGUUUAUUGGAGUGGGUGAAAUUUUGAUGCUGACUGCUCAUCCUGUCCCUUCUAAAGUUUACACACUACUUCUGCUCAGACAAACAUACAGCAUUUGCAUCUCUAAGGGCUGUUUUGCGUGUUUGUGACUUCUAGUAUACUUUUUAAGGGUUUAGAGUGAAUUUUUGCAUUUUUAGGUCAAACAUCUGACUAAUCUUCAUUUAAAACAAAUUUAAAAUGUCUAUUUGGUGUUCUAAAGCCCAUGUUAUCAUCUUAAAAAUGAUCUUGAUCUAAUUCAGAUGAGCACAUUUCUUAUUUUAACAGUAUCCUCCACAGUCACUUGCAUCCCAGUGAGAGGUCAAACUCUAAGCUAUUUCUGUCCACAACUGUUUAUUUUUUGAGAAGCUGUUGCUUUGGAUAAGUUAUGCUAGAACAAGAUGAAGAAAGUUAUACAGUAUUUGGUUGUAAGUAGUAGAGUAAUGCAGGUCACAAUGCUGUCUGAUGGCCAUGGCCAUUCCUGGGCACUAUUUAAGUGUCGUAGGAGCGUGUUUUUAUCGGUGCUUUUUUGAAAGAUAUUGGUCAAGUUUCACUUGAAGGCAACAGGCAGUAUCACAUGUUUGGCUGUACAUGGCGGUAUGUAUUUCCCCGAAGCUGCUGGUGGGGGAUGGGAAAUGUUGGCAAUAUUUUCAAUAACCGUGUGCUGUUUAGUGAUGAUGGAUACCAAACAGCUAGUGUAAGGACUUCAUCAACAUAUUCAAAUUACUAGCUAACAAAAGGUUGAUGACAUGUAUCCAUUCUGUUUGUCCUAUGAACUUCUCUCUUGUCCAGUAAUUUUUAGUGUUUAAUUUUUGUUUUGUUUGCAACUACAGCAACUAUUCUUGUCAUUCAUGCUGUGAGAGAAGAUAUGAAAAAAAGCAACAUGACUAAAGAUAUAAUGCAGGGUAAUUCCCCUCCCCCAGAGCUCAGCAUCAGUACAUAGAGUGGUUAAUUUCCGUUGAUUGUGUGGUCUGAAAUAUCUCUUCACAGUGACCUAUUUUGUUCCCUUUCACUGUUAGGUUUACAGGAGAAUCUUUUUCUUUAUACAGUCGGAGCACGUUCACCCACCCACAAUGGCGCUGGUCAGUGUCUGCUCUUUGAGUAUUUGUCCAUGUGAAACCCACUAUUAGGACAAACGAUAUAUGCAUUUGGUUGUUCAGAAGGUUGUUGUAUGAUCUAAUGUAAACAUGUUUUUUGACACUGCCUCACUCUUUCUAGCUGUGAAUUGAACACUUAAUGCUUAGAAGCGAAUUGUUGCAAGGUAAGACACUAAUCUGCUAAAGGACUGUGGAAAUGAACUGCGCUUAACCCAUUGGCCCUGACAAGUGUGUGCAAAGCAUCUGUGUGUUACCUGGACCAAGUGGAUACCAGGCAAGUAGUUGUGAAAGUCCUCCUAAUUGGAAAAACAACAUUGUCUUUUCACGCCUCUUUCUCAGGUUUUAACCUUCCUUUGGGAUUUAAUGGACAUUUAUAUAUGAUUCCACACACCUAGCUGGUGUAAAGAGGAUGAUUUGGCGCUCAAUAAUGCUAGGUUUCAGAAAAACUUUAUAGCUUUAGAGAUGUUGGUGCUCCAAUUAGACUAUAAACUCCAGUCCUCUUUGGUGUCUUUGUCCAAUCAUAAUCAUUUUUGGGUUCAUACGUGGUCUCCUGCAAAGUUUCAGUUGUUCUGUGUGUUCUUGGAAUACAUCAGGGAAAAGUGUCCAGGCAAAAGGGGUUUUAGUGUUUUUCCUACCUCUUUCUUGCUUGUGAAAUCCACCUUGUAUGCUCUAGAGAGAUCUCUACCACACAGAUAAUAGCAUCUUGCUCCACAUCUUUCUACUUCGCUUCAGCAUUCCUGCCUGUUUGCGUUAUCUUGAAUCUUUCCACCAAAGCACCCGUUCACUUGACUCUCUUUGUGGUUGGUCUCGGUUUGGGGGGAAUCUAGUCUUGUGCCUUUAACUGAACACACUUGACUUAAUAAGCGCUAAGCACGGGAUGACUAAUGUUUCUCUUCCAGCUUUAAUGGUCAGGUUUUUGUAUUGCUUUUUUCACCCUUUUAUAGAGUUUUUACUGUUAGUCGUGUUUUAAAGAGAAGUGAAAGAGAUAAUCAUGUAAUUUUCCUUUAAACUGUCGACUGUUGGCCAUGUGGUUCAGAGCAUGAUAAUCACAGAAUGCAUGAAAAUAAGUGAUCAAAUGAAACGGGAGUAAAUGACAAGAUUUAAAUAAUGACAGUGUGUGUAAGUAACCAAAUGAGCUUGUAAUAGUUUCUUUUUCUAAAAAAGAUAAAUAAAAUUAAUUUUACCAGUC